CAUCUUUUUGUGCCUUACAUAGAGUGACAAAAAGGAACCAGCAAUCUUUAGCAAUUUAAAAUCGUUAUUGAAUCGGUUGAGAUGAUGAUGCUCGGUAGUUGCGGUUGCAUGGCAUCGCUUUCUUAGUUACGUCAGUUUCAAGAAAUCUUGGGAAAACAAUCAGUAAACAAAGGAUCACAGUGUGACCAAAAUGCCCUGACUGAAGUAGCAUGUCGAGAGGAGAGGGUGCUUCUUCUGUUAUAAACUCCCUUUUUCACAGAGGCUCAACCAUGGAUCAAGGUUCCAUGGAUGACUCCUCCUCCAUUAAAGGGGGAUCGGCGUCAGGUUUUACAAAUUCACCUGAGAGGACUAUGUCACAAUCAUUUUCUCAAACAAAAAAUUCUAAGAGGGAGUCAUAUAAGGCCCAGAAGAAGACUUACCGAAGUCAGAAGAAGGAAGCUGCCAAAGAACUUCUCAGCACCAUUACUGAUCCCUCAGUGGUGUUGCUAGGUGAUUGGCUAAAGGUACGCGGCACCCUAAAGUCAUGGACCAAGUUGUGGUGUGUUCUGAAGCCGGGGGUUCUUAUACUCUAUAAAAGUGACAAACAAAAGAAGAGCCAGUGGGUGGGCACCAUACUCCUAAACACCUGUGAGCUACUUGAAAGGCCCUCCAAAAAAGAUGGCUUCUGCUUCAAACUUUUCCAUCCUCUGGAUCAGUCUAUCUGGGCUACAAAGGGACCAAAAGGGGAGACGAUUGGUGCAUUUGUGCAACCACUGCCUUAUUCUUACUGCAUCUUCAGAGCUCCAUCAGAAGCAGCUGGCAAAUGCUGGAUGGAUGCACUAGAACUGGCAUUAAAGUGUACUAGUCUUCUGAAGCGUUCUAUGACUCGCCUUGAUACUAGUACAGAAGUACCUGACAUGGACACAGAGCUUACCAGAAAACAGAUAGAAUAUCAUGAAAGCAAGAGUGCAGCAGCAGCUGGAAGUGAUGACUAUAAUGUUGGUGCCAAUGGAAAUGAUGACGUUGACACAGAGCAGACAGGCCAUCAGUACGAUUCUUUGCACCAGCAAGAAAACCAGAUGAAUGAGAGUGACUUAGAGAGGCAUUUUGCCAACCAAGGAGCAUCUCUGAAGGACACACCUCCUCCUCAGCAGAAGGCAUCUCUUAUACAAGCAACUAAUGCUUCUCAUGCACAGAGGUCUGCAUCAGAAAGCCUUUACCGAGUUGUGAGUCCUCCCAAAGAGCCCACAAUUCAGGUGCGCAAACACAGGGCUUCCUUGUGCGUAACCCCCUCAGUGGUGACUUCAAGUGUGUCAGACACAAAUAAACGUAACAAUAACAACACGACGGUUUUAAAACAAGCAAAGGAGGAAGAGCAGGAUUUUGGUGCUGCCAUUUCAAAGGACUUUGGUGACAGCACCUUUUACUGGAUAUCAGAACUACUUGGGACCAAUGCAAAUAGCUGUCUGGGUUACAACAACAAUGGUCUUGAAGAAGAUAAGUCUGAGAGAGAUGACAGUGAUACCACACAGUCAGAGUUUGAUGUCGAGCCGCUUCCAAAUCACAACUUAAACCCACCAGUUGAAACACACUAUGAGGAGAAUCGCACAGAAGAGCUAGGAGCGAGUGGGGAUACAACCCAAACUGAAGAAGUAGCUGAUGAGAACAAAAGUUUAAUAUGGACACUUGUCAAGCAGGUGCGUCCAGGAAUGGAUCUGUCCAAAGUUGUUCUUCCAACAUUUAUUCUGGAACCUCGAUCUUUCUUGGACAAACUUUCUGAUUAUUACUACCAUGCAGACAUUCUGUCAGAAGCAGUUUUACAGGAAAGUCCCUACAUGCGCAUGAAGUAUGUCAUCCGAUGGUACUUAUCUGGAUUCUACAAAAAACCAAAAGGUUUGAAAAAGCCUUACAACCCAGUGAUAGGUGAAUGUUUUCGGUGCUAUUGGUACCAUCCUCAGACUGGAAGUCGCACAUUUUAUAUUGCAGAACAGGUAUCACAUCAUCCACCAAUCUCUGUAUUUCAUGUUACUAACCGCAGAGAUGGCUUCAAUAUCAGCGGCAGCAUUCUAGCGCGGUCGAAAUUUUAUGGAAACUCCUUGUCAGCUAUAUUGGAUGGAGUAGCAACACUGACGUUUCUUGAAAGAGGGGAGGAUUAUUUCAUUACCAUGCCCUUUGCCCACUGUAAAGGUAUCUUGAUUGGCACGCUGACAAUGGAGCUUGGAGGAAAGGUGACCAUAGACUGUCCCAAGAGUGGCUACAAGUGUGAACUUGAGUUCAAACUAAAGCCUUUUCUAGGCAGCGGCCAGGCAUCUAACAAGAUUCAUGGGAAAAUAACUAUGGGUGCAGAUACACUGGCCCUUUUAGAUGGUCACUGGGACCAAGAGAUUUACAUCAAGGAUCGUACUGUGAGGAGACGAGAUGUAUUUUGGAACCCUACUCAAGAAGUGAGAGCUACCAGACUGAAGCGGUUUACUGUGCCUGUUCCAGAGCAGUACGAGUUUGAGUCUGAAAGGCUGUGGGAACCAGUCAGCAAGGCAAUUCUUGCAGCAGAUAUGCAGACAGCCACUGCUGAGAAAUACAGAAUAGAGGAAGAGCAGCGACUGGAAGCAAGAGAACGCAAACAGAAAAAUGAAGAGUGGGUACCCCGCUUCUUUGAGAGAGAUUACAUCACUGGUGGAGACUGGAUCUACAGACAUGCUGAUGACCGCCCCUGGGACCCAGUCAAUGAUGUAUACCAGUUUGAGCACGAGUAUGUGAUCCACACACAGAAAAGGCACAAGACACCAAAGCUGCGAGUCAACAGUCUAAGCAGUCUCAACAAAAAUGCAGAGAAGAAAAAACUGUUAAUCCCAUGCACAGUGGAAGAGAGUGAUAGCUCAUGCCAGGGGAGGCGCAGGGAGAGUGAUUCUUCAGACUACAAGGCACCAGCAUCACGUAGCAACAUAACUGUUGGAAAAGGAAAGGUGUCUGACCAAGCCCUCAAAAAUCUCCUGGAUCCCCUGCUUCAAAUGCAAAAAGAGAAUGCUGUUGCCUUGCGCAAUCUUCAGCAGCAGAUAACAAGACUGCAAGCCCAGCAAGUGGGUGGCAAUGGAGGUAUGGGAGUGGGUAAGGAGUGGGUCACCUUGGCCAUCAUUUUUAUUUUCCAGAUCAUCCUGCAGUGGAUCUUUCGUUGACAGCAAUGUAGAUCUGUGGUGUCUUCCCUGAGAGAAGGGGAAUGCUAAAUACUUUUGGUGCAGAUGAUUUGAUGGAUAAGUCUGUCAGACAAAUCUGAGAUUGGAGGAAAUGUCUUUUUUUGCUGUUUUGUUGGGUUUUUUUGUUUUUUGUUUUUUUUAAGAGAUUGUUUUAAGGUAGCCGUUAAUUAGAGUCUGUUCUAGGAUGAACAGAGGCUCUGGUUACUUUGUCAUGGUCACUGGGUUGUCAUUGUCAUGGUCAUUGUCAUGGUUUAAAAUCCCUAGAACCUAGAGGCAAUGGCCAGUAUUUUUCUGGAAAAGAAUGUUCUAAUUUUAGUCACUGAAAGAAAAAGACUAACUUUUUUGUGUCUGAUAAUCUGCAUCAGAAAUUUAAAAUAGGUGAACUAAUGUGAUAAUUAUGUGUGGUUAUUAUAAAAUAGACAUGGUAGACUCCUAAGGUUUUGAUGGAAUUCGGGAAGAGACUAAUUAGACUUUUAAAAAAUACUUAAACACUUUUUGAUGGUAAACUGACUGAUCCUGUUUUAAUCUCCCUCCCCUACCCAGAACUUUUUUUUUAACUCUCUCAGUUUUAAAAUGUUAUUUUUGUUUUUAAAUUGUGAAGAAUGACUGCAAAUGUGUGAUUAGUACAGAUUUUGUGGCCCAGAAGGAGAAAGUGACGUAAGGGGAAGUAUAAAUAUUCCUCUCAUAAAUUAUGUCCUCUCAAAAUGAUGAAAAUUAUGUGGAGUGUUUUUAAGUUGUUUUAGAAAUAGAAAUGCAGUUAUUUAAGUGUGGAUAAGGCUACUUGCAUGGACUGCACAAUUUUAAAAAAAAAAGGUGUGUACAAAAGCAGUGCAAAAUUUCAUGACUUUCUCGCCUAUGCUUGAAAUUAUUUACUUGGGUGUCACGUGCAAUGAUGCAUUUCAGUUUAUUGAGCAUACAGCGCUCUUCAAGUUUUUCAAAAGUAUGUAAUAUGCAUUUUCGUCUUAAUUAGAGUGUUUGGAUCUAACUCUGUGAUGAAAGCAAGGUGCUAAUGAAAGAGGAUGAUGAUGCUCUCCUCGAAAUGUUGAGCUGGUAUUGACAGCAGAAUGAGGAAAAAAACCAAUGCGAUUAUAGAUUUUUGCAAUAUUAUGGGUAUAAGCAUAAUUUUGAUGGCAAAAGGCAAUACUUUUUAUCUCAGUGGAACUUCUAAUUUUCUCCCCAUACUGUUGAUCAUAGCUAGAUGCAUUCCUUGCCUUUUUCUUUUGGGGAGGGGGGAAUUGUGUUUUCAAAACCUAAGAUCUGGGUAAUUAUAAUGAGACAUACAGAGUGUACCCUAGUUUGAAAGAGUAAUUUGUUCCAUUGUAACACAUUUCUAUGUGCAUGAAGGGGUUACUUUGUUAUAAUGUCAUUAAUCUAUUUAUAAGUGGUUAAGAGAACUGAUUCGAAAGUUUGGGGAGCAUUAAGACAAAAGGAGGUCACACAAAUUUUGUUUAAUUCUCUCAUUAUCAAUGACUAUAAAUACACAAUGAAUAACAAAUCAUGUAAGAAAGUUCCUAUCAGAUGUAUCAUGCCCCACCAGUAGCAUCUUUUAGCUGUUAAUUUCUAAGAAUAAGACUACAUACAGGUGACUGUAUAUAGUUGUAUAUUUUUCACAUCUCUCAGCAUUAAAUGGCUAAUUCCUCAAACUUGAUGGCUUGUUAAAUUUCCCUGCAUCCGUCGACAGAGGGAAAUGUGCAGCAUUGGAUCUGCAUAGUCCAACACACUUUUCAUGAGAGCAUGGUAUUUUGCCUGAGCACAUUGGACAUAAAACUAUAUAAAGGCUGCACAAAUGCACUGUGUGCACAAUAAUACUGUGUAGAGCCAUUAAGCUACGGUCCAGUAAUCCGUGAAUUUGCUUAAGCUACGCAAAAUGGAUCCCAAUUUUUUCACACUAGGGAUCAUAGGGACCUGGACAUGGCCUCUCAACCACUUGAGACAGGUGUUGACAGGUGACAUUUUGCCAUUUCGAAUGUCCGUGAUUGACAUGCUAUGCACUAUCUCGGAUUAAAUAUUUGAAUGCUGGCUUAUGUUUUGUCAAAGAGGUACUUAUAGAAGAUUAGUCUUUUAUUUAUCAAUAAACAGUAAAAUAACUUACAAUGAAAUUCAAAUAUUAAUCUGUUUUAUCCACGCUGAGUGUUAGCUUUAUGGAGGCUGCCAUUGUAACUGAUUCACACCUUACAAUGCUACAAAGUUAAGAUAAAGGAUUAUGAUAAAAAACAUUUAUUGUUUCAUUAUUUAUUGUAAUUUAUGCAUUAUUGGGCCCCAGUCACCAAAACUUAAUGGCUGUACACUGUAUGUCAACAGAAUCUAAUUAGCACCAAGUGUAAUUUGAAUUUCUGUCUUACUCAUAUGUAUUCUAGUUAUAGACAGGACUGGAUAUUUGAGACUGUUUAAAAUUCGUUAUGUGUAUGGACAGGAUUCAUCUGAGUUUAGCGCCAACUGUGGUAUGUCAUUUUUCCAAAAAGUCGUUUAAACUUCAUUUAAAAGUAAUUAUGCUUUUGGGCAGAGUUUACAUAUGCUUAGAAUCAACUUAGUUUUGAUCACUAAUAUUUUCUGUCUCAACAGCAAGAAUGAUGUAGUCUUUAUGCAGAAAGUGCUGGUCACCUUAUAGGAAUAGAAUAAUUGACAGAUGAAGCAAGCAUAUAAUACUAGAAUACUUUGCUUCCAGGCAUACGCUUUGCUUUGAGUAUGUCUGUUCUGCUAAUCCAGGUGCAUUGAGUUGUAAGUUUUGUUGACUUUUUUUUUCUUUUCUUUUAUUGUAUUUUGCUUUAUUUUCAUUACAGUUUAGUUUGUAUGUCAUUUUGAAUCUUAGCCCUAGUGUCGACCGAGGUGAGAAAGGCCAUUAUGCAAAUAACUUAAACAGUUUAAUCAUGCAUAGAGAAAUUGGAAAAUGUUACCGACAUUUUCCUGAAGAUUGUUUAAAUGUCGAUAGUGAAUGUUUUCAUGCCAUUAUUCAUAAUAAUAAGAUUAUUGCCUAACAUGUGGGGUGCAUUAAAAAUGCUUAUUGCAAUUGCAUGGAAUGAAGCUGGUCAUUGCAGGUUUUCAAUAACCAGUUUGCUUCUUUGCAUGUCUUCCACAUUAUAUAGUUUUUGUGAUAUUUGAAAUUGUUGUGUGUCAUGAAUUUCCAAAGAAAUCUUAGAAUCAGGAGAAUCAAAAACACUCCUGUCAACCUUUAACUCUUCUGUUGGACUUAUGCAUUGAUUUAAUUCCUCAUUAUGUACAUUAUUUUUUUCAACAGAAAUCUUGCUUAGUUCUUCACAUAAAACUUGUGUAAACUUACUCAAAUCCCACUUCAUUUUUUAAAAUCAAAUUAUGUUUCUUUUAUUAUAAAGAGUAUUUUUGGCAUCAUUUACAAGUGUUCUAAUAGUCUAAGAUGUAGUUUUUUUUUUAUCAUUAUGAGGAUAAGAUUGUAAAAACUUUAUUUAGUGAAGGCUGUUGAAUUCUUCAAACUGACACAUGUAGAUGCAUCUUUUCUUCUUUACAAUCAUGCAGAAGACAACAUUUUUUAAAUGUGUAAGAGUUUCUUCUUCAAAGAUCAGUUGCUAAAUAUGUGUCACUGUUAUGCAGACAAGUGAAGAUGGUGCAACUGUAACCUUUGUAACAUAAAUUCAUUUGUGACUUGUUUUCUUCCACAAUAUAUGGGACCAUUGCAAGCUUGAUACAUUGAUAUACCUGCAAAUGAUCUAAAGUUGAGUACCAAUAUGAGGCCAGACCACCUUGUCCUCUUUUAUUAAAUUGCACUGUUGUUUUAGCUGGUGUGACCUCAUUGAAAAGAAAAUUCAUAGCUUUUGUUUUUGAAUCAUUUGUUUAACAUUUGAACAAUUUUCUGUUAAGCUCAGUGGCAGCACAUGCUCUUUUGUUUUAAUAGGAGGGUCAGGAGUUGCUUCUUACAUUUUCUGUUUGUCUAUUGUAUUUGAUGAGACUGCAGUUUUUGGUUUUAAUUACCUGUUGAUGUGAAAGCUCCACAAUUUUUGUGUUGCUUGUCACUGCUGACCCUUCAACAAAACUUCUGAUUCUCAUGUAUUUAGAGUCCAGAUGUGUUAAUGGAUGCUACUGACAAAAUAUAAUGCCAGCUUUUUUCCAUCUUCUUUAUUGUCUUGGUUCGGUGCACCCCAUUACUCAAAAAUCCCCUUCAACCCAAUGUUAUUUGUUGUGAGGGAUUUAUACUAAAACUAUUUAAGCACUGUGUUUUGGAAAAUGUAACAGGCUGCCUAGAAAAAUACAGUUAACAAUAUUGAAAUGUAUAGAUUAUCUGCAUUGACAUGGAUGUAGUUGAGUGGUGUGCACACAUUAAUGGAAUAUGUCUUUAGUAUUAGAAUUUCAGGGGAUAGUUGACAAACCCUAGUCCUGUUUCUUGUUUUCCCUUUGCUGAGUAUCUAUUACAUGUUACAAAUGUGCCAGUAGAAAGAGAUGAGCCAGUUGUGUUCAUCAGUGCAGAGAUUGAAGAGCUCUAAGACUGUGCAAUGUCAGUGUGAAGGAAAAUAAAGCAAAGUGCAAGACAACUUGGGCAGUGUAGAACCAUACCCCAUUAUUUUGAAGGAUCAGUUUUUGGUCGUCGUCAUUGUCUCAUAAGACUGUUUGGUCCUGCACAGUUUGUGCAUAUGUUGAAUGCAGACUAAUUUCUGAUGUUUCAUAGAGAUGAUUACACACGACAGAGACCUUAUUUAACACAGUGCUACAAUAUGUGAUACAUAUCACAGCUGGUUGUUGGUUUUCUUUCUGUUCAUGGCAGGUAUUAUUCAUUUUUACUUGUUUAUUUAUCGGAUUGUCAAGCAGUGGAUUUUUUUACAAUGGCAACAUAGAUAUGACAUGCUUCUUAGCAUCUUCUCUCCCUUCUUAGGUGGUGCAAGGGUGAGCGCCUGUCACCAAUACAGUGAGGGUUGGCUGUCCUGGGUUCAGCUCUUGUCUCAGGCUGGCUGUUCUUUCUCUGCGUGUGGCAUCUGCCUUGCCAUGACAUUGCACCAAUGUCCCCCUCCUCUCCCCUCCCACCUUACCAAGUGGUAAUCCAUGGUGCAUGUUAGAUGUGUUCAGAGAAAUGGUGCAUUAACCUGUUUAAGAAAGGACAAAAAUAUUAGACCUUAGAUCUUACCAUAGUACUCUAGUCUCCAGAAAUUCUUCAGCUCUGUGAGUGCAAUAUUUCAAGGUGUAGCAUAUGCAUAAAGGUGCUUGUUCGAGAGUAAUAUUUAAAAUUCUCUAUUGUAUUCUGAUUAUAUUUUGAUCAGUGCUACUUUUUGGUCAUCAUUUCUGACCUGCAGAAGUUUGGUAGUGUUGUACAUAAAAUUUUCAGCAUUUUUUAUUCUGACUUAACUGUGAGGAGCAUGCUUUGAAUACAAAUGAGUUGCAAAAAUAGUCAAAGGUCGAAGGUGUCAUACAAAACUCUUGCGAUAGCCUUAAAUCUAUAUAAAAACUAUUAUUAACAUUUUGAAGUUUGGCUUGCAUGCUUAUCAUGACCAUAAACCAAUUUCUGAAAAAUUUUGACUAUUCUAGAAAUUUAUAUCUAAUUUGAGGAACUAAAAAGAAAGCAGAAUAUGGUAUUUAAAAAACUUUUUAAUGUAUCAAAACGAGCCUUCUAGGUUCAGAAGUUUAAACUAGGUGGGUUUGCUUUUGGUGGACUAGUUGUGAAUGCAAAGGUAUUUUCCCUAAAAAGAACAUUUUUUUUUUUAAAAGUAACUUCGGUAAUUUACCUGUUUUGGCUUUCCUAUCAUAUUUGAUAACCAGUUUAGGCAAAUGUUAGCUUCAUUAGCUGAAGUUUAUGGGCUGAGUUUGUCAUGAUGGACCAAUUAGUGUUUUGAAGCACCAGUCAGUUUGUGGUGCUGUGCUGCAUGUUCAUUGUGCUUUACUAAACCAACAGUGCUUGACACAGAAGAUCUGGCCAGGCCUAAGGCCAGUUUAGAAGCAGCCUUAAAAGUGCUUUAACCUUAGGUUUAUUGUCUCUGUAUCAGAUAUGGGUGACUAGUGCUGAAUUAAGUCUAAUAUACAUUAUGCCUAUAAGAACUUAAUGCUAUGAAGAGCAGGUAAGACAUUCAAACAAACCAUCCAAUUCUAUUUAUUUGGCUGGGCGAUUUCUGAGUGGACUUGAUCUUGGGCCAUGACAUAUUUCUUGCCACUUCUUCUGCAGCAGAUGUGCAAUGCACAAACUAUCUUUUAGGUUCUCAUUGUUCAAAACAUUCUUGUCUGAUAGGUUUCACUUGUAAUUUCCUUGAUGCAGCAUGACUAAACGCACAGUCAGAAAUGACAAAGAUGGUUGUUGCCAUAAGAAGAAUAUGAACGUGUUGAAAAGGAUGUAAUUCUUUUGUAUGGCAGAAUUCAUUUUGCUUUUCUGGUAGAAAGAUGGUCACAGUAUAUAUUUUUCAAACCUUUUGUUUUGAUUAUUUAAACCUUUAACAUUAAUUUGUUGCACAUUCAAUAUAGGAGAAAAGAUUUUUUAAUCAUUGUGUAACUUCUCUUUUUUUAAUUUUAACUGUUCUCCAACUAAUAGUUAAGUGCCUUCAACACCUUUCAUUCUGAAGAUUCUUCAGAGAAAUCUUAAAGUAACAUUCUAGUCUAACAUUGUUAAGUUUGAUUUUUGCCUGUAACAUUUUAUAUUAUUUUGCUGAACAAUCAGGACUACAGCAGAGCUGAAUUAUAUUGCAGUUUGAAAGAUCAUUUUUUUGUUUGAUCUUGGAUAUAUUACCUGUCUUUCAGUAUAUAUCUGGGUCACUAGUUCUGAAUGAAAUUUGUAGAUUUCUUAAUUCAUGUUCUGUGAGAUGUCAGAAUCUAAAUGACAAGUUUUGUUGUUUUUUUUUUUUGUUUGUUUGUUUUUCUUUGCCUUUGCUAUAAGCAUGUCACAUCAGGCCUUGAGAAAUUUUGUAGUUGUGAAAAUGUGGAAUCAGGUGUGAAAAUCUGGAGAUGCCUUGUGCUUUGUAGAAGUAUUUGUUAUAUAUCACAUUGCAUGCUUGCUAAUUGAAAUUAUGAAGGAUACUGUCAUAUGUAAUCUGAACAGCAGUGUCGUGAAGGUUAUGUGAGAAUAAACAGAAAGUACAAGCAGACAGUAAAGAAUUGUGUACAUUGUGUACAUAUCAGCAGAAAAUGCAUAGGCAGUAGAUGAAGCACAGUAGGUGACUGCCACUGUUCACACCUGUCUCUGCCUUACAUAAUGUGAAUUAAUGUGCAUUCAUGCCAUUUUCAAGUUUCAUGUGCAUUUGAACUCUCCUUAAUAUGGUACUUCCAGCGGUGCUGAAGGUCAGUGCAAUGGUAUUAUAUUUCUUCACUCAACCUAUUUUUUUUGGGGGGUGGGGGGGAGGUCUAUUUUUUUCUGUACAUUUAUGUUUGUGAUUUUAAAUUUAGAAUAUGUGGGGACAUUUGCUCUGUACAUUUUGUAAUGUAAUAUAUUUUAUAUAGCACUAACUCAUUACUCAUGAAGUGAAAUAGUUACAGUUUAUGUAUCUGUUGUUGGCGUAUCAUGCUUUGAUAGCUGGUCACGUCAGAGGUGAGAGACCUGUUGUUUGUGUACACAGCAUUAAGUUGAUUUCAUUGCUGUUGUCGACCUAUAGUGCUUCCUUCUCUUCUAGGUGCAGGGGUUUUCAAGAGUAAUUAAAGCAAAUGUUCUUUGUUUAUGUAUUUCUACCCUUGUGCUCUUGGUUCUGCCUCUGUAUGUGAGAGAGAAUUUGUGCGCAUAUUGGUGUAAUGGGCUUCUCUGGGUGCAAUUUAUAACCUGAUAUGAUAGUGGUGAUCUGAUGAUCACAACUUGACACCAGAGACUGUUUUGAAGCAUGAAUCAAUUAUAUCUAAUAAAGAGAUGCUUUGGUUCAAGAA